GGCCGCGGAGGGGAGUCGGCGGGGGGCGACCGGGCCGCUACAGUUCCGUCACCAGCAGCAGCAGCAGCAGCAGCGGGAGGGCAAGGGGUGCAGUGGUGGCAGUAGCAUCAGCGCAGUAGCCGCGGCGCCGCUCCAGUGCCCGUGUGUGUGUUUCCCUCUCAGCAGUCGCUCGUGCUGUCUGCCCGCCCGCGGCAGCAGGCCGCUCGCUCGCCUGCCCGCCUGCCCGCCGCCUGACUGCGGGACCACUGCACCACGCGGUCUCCGGCCCGCGGCUACUGCACGUCGCGUCGCGUCACGCCCGCAGGUACGAAUAGGAGCCCUGCGUUGCUGACACAUCCUCAUUCACGGCGAUUCAUGGUUCUUAGAGGUACUAUAUACACUGCUUUCCUCAAUAAGACUUUCCGUUUUAAUACGUCCUAAAUGUAGAGGAAAAGGUACUCUAAAAGCUCGGUUGCCUCGCGAGUCCUUGUCUACCUAACCAGAGACAAUUUCGGCCCAACAAUUGGGUCGAUAUUGGCACAAUAAAAAAAAGAAAGAAAGAACUUUAGUGCUACAUAUUGUUUAUCCACUGUAAUUUGGUGGUAUCAUUUAUCGUUUUGGGAUAAAAGUUUGAUAAUCCAACAACAAUAUAGUUUCAUGCUCGUGCAAGUGUGCAAUGUUUAGUUCUAUAUUUAAUUGAAUCAAUAGUUCUAUAUUUAAAUGAAUAAAUUGUGCACAGACGUUUACAUAUUCAUGAUGCAUAAUUUGCGUUAAGCAACAAGAGCGUAUUCUGAUUCAAAUAAUAUCGUCUAGACUGUAAUUUUCUCGUGACCUAGGCAUAGUGGCUAAAUUUUGAAAUUACGCAAUUUUUUUCACUGACCAGUAGAGAAUGAACUCCCAAACUCUCGAAUUACAAAAUCUGAUUUUACAUUCCCGUUCCAUUAUAUUGCCUCUGACUAGAACUACACUAACUUUAGAAAGAAGUAAUUCGGCCGCAAUGCACCUUUCCUCCAUCUAGAGUAAAACCACGAGCGACGGGACCAAACAUGUGUUGAGCGUGUUGCUACAUCAAACUUGCUCCAGUUGAGAGUACAGAGUGGAGUGGUAGUGUACAGGAACCGUCGGCCUACGCAGUGGCAAAUUAUACUGGUCUUAAUUGAACGUGGGAUUUGGCGACUGGAAUGAACGUCAGUGGGGCAGCGCGUACCGAAGGCUCUGGGCGCGCGCUCGCCCCCACCUCUCCGGAAAGGGCAGUCGCAGAUUGACAAUGUAGGUGAACAUUUCGGGAAAACUAGAAAUUACAACACAGCGUAAAUUAGAUAUGCACCCAGGUAGAGGUCGGUUUCCUUUCCCCAGACUGAAAAAUUUCAUUGAAUGGUCGCGUGUUACAACAGAACAAAAUCGGUAAACCGUUACAAUUCCGGUCAGCUGCUUCCUGUCUAUUAUUCUAGGUAGAUACUCGGGACUGGAAUGCGGCCUAGGCCACGGCGCGCAGUCAUAAAACGCAAAUGUGUACGUCGCUGGAAAGAGAUGGAAAUACUCUCAUUCGGUGCGCUGGAGAAGGGAAAUGAGUUUUGAGUGGCACAGUGGCCUUUCGUGUAGCGGCCGUCUAUCAAAUGACACAAAAAAGUUAAAACGUCCGUAUGAAAGUCAAACUUGCUCUUCUCCCGGCGCAAAUAUUGUGAACAGAUGUGAAAAGUAUAGUAGAGUAGAUAACCGCAGACACCAUUAAAACCAUUACUUCUAUUAGAGUGGGCUGUUUAGUUGGAAAAUGAUAGUUCCAGUUAAGGGAACACGAGUUUCGGAGAGAUCGUUGACGCAUGAACAUCGCUUCUCUUCCGCCAGGGUUGCGUGAUAACACGAAAUCAAUAUUUCCAUGAGCCCUUUUGCGAAGGUAGCGCCGUUUCGCCACACCGGCCUUCCAAUGACGUGACAACACAGAAACAAAUCACAACUUGAGAUUAUUUUUUCUGGGUGAUAAACUUAAAACUUAAAAAUGGUGAAUGAAUUGUGGAAGAGAGAAUUUAGACCCCACUUUUUUAGAGUGGAACAUCACAAACCCCAUCAGUUUGUACUUUGUCAGUGGCAGAGUCAAGAAGAAGUUCAUAUAGGUUACUUCUUCUAUCGAUGGUUCAUGGCUGCUGUAUUUCUCAUCUCUAUGAUUUGUUCCAUUUGUGAUGUUGGCAGAUCUGCAGAUUUUGGAAUUAAGUACAAAAAAUGGGCAAUUUAUUUAACCAAUUGGGGGUAUACAAUAUGCACUCUUCAGGCAAUUUUAGGGGCUAGUCUUAUAACUCAGCAAUUUCUACAGCAGAAGAGACAAGGGAAAUACAUUCCUGUCAGAAAGAGACUGCCUAUUGGCUACCAGUUGUACUGGGUAUUCCAUACAAUUGCUGUUGUAUUGGCUCUUGGAAUAACUGUAGUUUACUGGGCUACUGUGUAUAGUCCUGCUGUGCACUGUGUAGUUUGGGUGCUGUUUUUACUGCGUCGUUGGGUAGCAGUGGCAAUGAAUAAAAAAAGUGAUCCUGAAGCAAGUGGAGACAUCUGUCAAGCCACAUCCACUUCAAUUCAGAUGGAUGUUGUAGAAUGCUAA